UUAGUAGAAUUAAAGGAAUAAUCAUGUCUUGAAAUAUUGAAAUCCAACCUUCAAGACAAAGAGACUCUGUGCUUUGUUUAUCUUUCCUCCUACUAUGAACAGGUUAUAGCUGACAGGGUGAGUUGCAAUAUGCAAGGGGCCUUCCAGACCUUCUCUUGAAAUGGCUGAAUGCAUGAAUUCACCUCAUCGAAUGACUAGAUCUUUCAUGGACUCACUUCUGGCGUUCUGGCCUGGUCUACAGGUUCUGUGGGGUGAUGUAGACACAGCUAUACACAUUCACGACAUGCUUUAUCAUGUGAUGGAGAGACACAACUUCCUACCCGAGGCAUUCACUCAUGACUUCAGGGUCCACUGGGGAAACCACCCUCUCAGGCCUGAGUUCAUUGAGAGCACUUACUUCCUCUACAAGGCGACUGGAGAUCCAUACUACCUGGACGUGGGUCGAUCAGUGGUGAACAACUUGAACAAGUACGCCAGAGUGAGGUGUGGCUUUGCUGCCAUCAAGGACCUCAGGACCAACGCUCACGAGGACAGAAUGGACUCCUUCGUACUGGCUGAGACGUUCAAGUAUCUGUUCUUGUUGUUUGCUGACGAGGGGGACAGUCCCCUGAACAUGGAUGACUUUGUGUUUACGACUGAGGCCCACCUCUUCCCCCUCUCCCUCGCCAGCGCUAACACCACCCUCAAUAGAGUCGUCCAAGAGGCAUUGCUGGUGAAGAACACAGACCUGGUGAAUAUGAGCACUGUCACUGUUACCACUAGCGGACCAGACUCUUCUGGGAAGGCAGCAAAGAACAAACCAGUCGCUGACAGCUUCACUAAAGAAUCUGUGGUGAUCAGUGCGUACCUGAUGUGCCCUAAUGACCGACGGCCGUUUGUCCUGUUGGACCGCUUUGAGAAGAUGGUCUUCAAACUUUGCACCAGCUCAAGGUUCAACAAACGACCAACCAGUGCCAAGCGUAAGCGUCUCACUCCUCCUCGUCUCUCGAUCAAUUCUCUGGACUUCAAGAACCCAGGUCACCUGAAGAUCCUCACUGAGCUGGGCAUUGUGGUUCAAGUGGUGGAGGGAGAUAAAGUGCAGGUCUCCCACAAUAUGGCCAAGGCCAAUAUAGCCCUGAGGACGCAGAGGAGGGAUGGUACCUCAUGCAGGAUAUUGUCAAGCUCAUGAAUCAGCAGCACGUCACAGAUGGUAGUCAGAGACAGACACCGAAGCUGGCUCGUAUACUGACCCCUGCUGACCUCCAGGAGAGGGGCAUACGACACGAGUUCACUGUAGGUCCAGCCAUGUUCGGGCCAGAGCUGGGCGUGGGGGAGUUCCAAGUGGGAGG